CAGGAUUUUAAAUUUAAGAUUGAAUUUUUGAAGACCACUCCAAAGUCGGUGCUUUGUAAAUCGAGCACGUGGAAUUGACGCGACAGCCAAUGAAUCUUGCGGUUUACUUCAGAUUUCUUUUCUCAUGCCAGGAUGGUCAAUUGGUAAUCGUGCUCUUGAAGCGUUAACAGCUCCAACAAUUUCAGUUGAUAAUUUUUUCUACAAGUUCCGCAUAUUUCUACAUAUUUUCUUUUCUCGAAGCUGCAUUCUGGAAGAUUUAUAAAGAUUAUAAUUGUUCAUAAGCGACACAACGUUGAAUAAAUUCACGAAAAGAUUUAUUGUUCUAGGAAAAAUAAUAUUGAUCGAUCUUGACUUUAUCAGGCAUUAGAUUCAAUGGAGGAGGUGAUUAGCAGUGAUAGUGAACAAGAAGCAAUACAUAAUAUACGUACAAAUGUAGAUGUAUAUGUGGUAAUUAGACGGAAAAAGGUGACUUUAUACCUCAACGUGCAGGAGAAUAUCCAAGUUAUUAAUCUCAAGAAAAUGAUUGAAGCUAUAUUCAAAGUACAGCCACAGGAUCAACAGCUAUUUAUCAUGUUUCUAAACAAUUGCCAUCUUGAUGAAUAUAAGGAAUUAUCCGAUUCUACUGUACAGUUGUUUCAUUAUGGAUUGACUUCAUCGGCGGCAAUGGUAACACAUCCUGCAGUAAUCGGAUUAGCUGUACGACAAGAGGAUGGUUCAUUUGAAAGUCUCGAAGUAACGCCAUACUCAAACACAGAAUGGCCAAUGCCUCCAACCGAUGAUGAUUUGGAAAAAUAUGCUGCUUAUAACGAAAAGUAUGCGAAAAUGCUGUCUGAAUUUUUGGAAAAAGGUUCAAGUAAAAAGACAUUGAAAAUGAAAUAAUAUGACAUUGACAAUUAAUUAUGUUUUGUGUUCAGUUGAAAUUCUACAUAAUGCAAG